AACGUCAGCAUCUAGAGAACUAUAAGGGAUAGAUAGCCUGAAGAACCGCCACCUUUUGAAAGGGUUCGAAGCUCGGGUAAGUAGCUACUAAGAUUUCGGAAAUAGGAUGUCAGGGUCAGGUAGCCCUGAACAAGCGUCUGGAGGUUCCUUCUGGGGCGGCGCGAGCGGUUUGCUCUGGGAAACAAGCGAUGGCGAGCAGGAGGUGUCCGCGUCGGCGUCUCGGAGACAGCGCGCGGCACGAAGAUCGAAGUCUGGAGGGUCCGGCGGAGACAACAAUGAGGAUGAUGUGGAGAAAGACGUGAUAUCGUCCACGCCAAUUCCGAUGCCACCCCCGCCAACAGCUCCUGCGAACACCGCUGCCGGUACCACGACGGCCUCGGCGUCGGCACCUUCUGAUUCCGGGCCUGCCGCCGCAAGCUCCUCAUCUGCGAUUCCGAUGCCACCGUCGGCCAGUGCAGCUCCGAUGGCCGCCACUGCCAGUGCGGCCUCAACGGCGAUACCCCUGCCCCAAGGAGGUUCCUUCAAUGCGACCGCUGGCGCAGGUGUUCCCGGCGCUGCGAUUCCCAUGCCGCCGUCCGGAGGGGCGCACGCACAGAUGCCGGAUGAAGCUGGCUCUUCGCAUCGACAAGAGCAGGAUAGUAGUUCGAGCAGCAGUACACAGCGAAUGUCAUUCCGUGGCAGGAAGCCAAGCGGUGUUUCGGCUGCUGACCAAGCUCCCCCGCAGCCGGCGUAUUUCGCUGCGGGUGCGCCAGCACAACACGCCGCGGACAUGUCGUCCUCUGGGCAGGUCCAGCCGCCCGGCGGCGUAACUGAAGGGCAACAACAUGCGGUAAUAAACCCGCGCGGGCCUCCGCUAAUGCGGCACAUGGCGAGUCGCGGAGAUGCGAUACCACCAGGAGAUGCGGCGAGCGUGUACACGUCGCAGGACUUUCAGCCACAGUACGCGCAAAUAUUUUUGGACCAGCAGCAGGGACUAUCGCAAUCGCAAUUCCACCUCGACGCCCGCGGACAGAGGCUGCCGUCGGGCGCAGCCGCCAGUUUCCAAAAUUUUCAGCCUCCCCCCUCCAGCGGAAUUUUUCAGGCCCAGGUUUUUGAUUCGGUAAACGGAAACAAUGCGGGAAGUUUCACCGGCGGAAACAAAGAUCUUCCACCAGGUGGCACAGCAACACGCGCUUCAGCCGCACAGCGAGCCGCAGCGUCUUCGCGGGAAACAGGGUUUUAUAUGGUGCCCAACCAACCUCCGCUGCAUAACCAAAACUUUGGUGCUGGUCUGCCGUCUGCCGCCAUGUCUUCUGCAGCGCCGCAUUUGCAGCCGCCGGCCGGGGCGCAACAAGCAACGACGCCCUUCAUGCACCCAGUGUUUCGGGGCGAUUUCAGUCCUGAGAGGAGACCAAAAACGCCGAGCCAAAAUCCGGGAUCACCAUUUCGGGAUACAGCAUUGGGUACUAGAACGUCUUUGCUGUGAUAAUCCGGAGCGUGGCGUGCUCGUGUGUGAAACAGAAAAGAAGGAAACAUAAAGACAAUAUAGUAUUAACAUACUUAAUCGAAAUACAAAUAUCAAACAAAGGUUCCAAUCCAACGCGAGCCAUGGUGAUUUGCUACCAGCGGCUAUUAUCGUUAUCCGACGUGGAGGCGCAUCACGUACUACAGAAUACAGUAGAUUGAAUUUUUUUCCCAUGAAGUGGAGCAGAAUCUCGCCAUUGACAUGAAAAUGAGAGUGUGCCACCCUAAAAACAAAAGAUGCAUGUUGAAAGAAAACAAAUCUCCCUUUUGCAAGGUUCUCGAGCGGUACUUCCGAGACCGGCCAGAGACGAAGAAGCGUAUGGACGUCGGCUUGGAAGUUGUGGAGUCCUGUUUCGCCGCCCGAAUAGACGCCCUUGCCGCCGAUGUGAAGGGUCACCUGGAUCAUGCCUUGGCUCAGCGCGCGGACACAGAAGCACAACAGAAGGAGCACAUUCAGAUGCUGACGAACCAGGUAAAAGUAAAAUCUAGUCGUGUGGUGCUAGCGAAGAUGUUUCCCGACGAUCAAGUGUCAUGAUCAGCAUAUGAAGCUCGCAGGAGCAGCGAUGAUCGCGAUAGUACGUUUCUGAAUAAUUGUAGUUCAUCCUGUGUCCUCUUGUUUUACAAACGAAAAUCACACACUAGGUUUCGUCACUACAAAAGCAAGUGAAGCUGCUAGCUUCAGAACUGCCGGGCGGAGCAGGCGCACGGUCUGGGAGCAGCACCUCUCUGCCGGGGAAGCAAAAAUUGCGGCCGCCAGCCCUUCCUUCGCAAUUGCAAACUCCUGUACGGCAGCCGGCCAGCUUGGGAGGGUUAAGCGGGGCUGGAAGGGGGACUGCAAAGUUGAUGCCCACAACCGCCACACCCGGUUCGUCGCUCAAAGCGUCGCUGAAUACUACCAACCCGUUUUUUAAUGCGGUGGAAUAACGGCGGUCGAUGUUCAGAUUGAAACAACUACAACUUCAGCAGAUAAUAUGCGAACAGAAAGAGCUUUAUAGCUUUUUUUUCGCCUUCUCCUGCACGAAAACAGCGCUUCGCUUAUUUGAUGCGCGAUAGAAACGCAAAAGACGAGCAUGAGUCAUCAUGUCUUCUGCGCGACGAGGCAAUGCUCACAGGCAGUUGCAUUUCUUGUUUAUUGGACCGAAAAAGACGCAGUGCCGACGCGCACCUACUUAUGAAGAGCACAGACGUAGAGGAAUUGGG